UGAUGGAUUGUCAGUCGGCAAUAUGGCCGACCAGGCUAAGUCGUGAUUGCGUCGACUGUAUUUCAAUGUCUUUUUUCCUAACAUCUAAAACGAAAUAUUUAAAUAACUUAUCUCAGUAAGAUAACGUACGCGAGGAGGUGAUAUAUUGUGUAACGUUGAAGCAAGUACCCACGUAAAUAAAAAGCGAGAAGUGUAGCUGCCUGAAAAUUGUGAUAGGGCAACUCCUUUCAAUUCAAGACUGCGUAAAGAAGUGGGGUUUCAAAGAGUUAUUAUCAUUUCUCGGUAGUAAGAUGGUUCGAUAAAAGUGUUGGGAAAGAAAGCAAAUAGGAAAGUGAAGGUAAAGCUGCGUCCCAAGGACAACCAUUGUUCAUUAGCAGAAAAUAAGAAAAGGAACGGAGGAAAGGGGAAGAACCCAAAAUAUAUCAGCUGAUAUAUUAUCUAAGCAGUAUUGUUCCUAAGCUAAUCUACCAUGGCAUACAACGCGUCGAUUUUCUUAACUCUUCGUGAUAACUGUGUCAGGUAAAUAGCUGAAGAAUAUAUCCCCCGAAAGUGCGAAAGUAGAAGUGCGAGAAAGAAGGUGAGGAGAGAAAGAGCAAGUAUAUAGGAGGAGCAGACGGUGGUGGAGAAAAGUGAAACCUAUGACGCACGAUAUCACGUCGUGCCGGUUUCGCUCGUGGUGUGGAAUUUGACCGUCUUAAAUAAAAACAGACUCCGAAAGAUAUAAUUCCUGUUCUCCGAAGAAGACGGACGUACUCGACGAGGAGGAAGGAGGACAGAUACGUGGAUUUUUCUUCUCGUUCGCGCCCACGAAACGUCGUGAGUCCCGUUCGUUGUACAGUUAUCGGAAUCGCGAAUUGUUGCUCCAUCGUGCUUCACGGCUUAUAGCGUGGUAUUAAAAGCCUGACUAAAAGUCAUACGCUCUUCACGCGAGGAACACAGUCGAUCGCAGGUAGCCGCACUGUGAGGACGAACAGCAUCGUUGUGUUUGUACGUACAUAUUAUACUGUUUGCUGACGGUCGUGUGCACUUGUUAACCGCCACUGCCCUCCUUCCGCGCCUAGCGUUCUUCCGUACUGUUUUCCGUAAAAAUAUGAUGAUAAAGAAGCUAUUUACUAUAAUAGAGGAUUUUGCAGUGAAUCAUACAACGCUGAACAAUGAGACCACAAAGCCAUCAAAAUAAUUUAGCUCCAGAAACCAUGACGUCUAACGGAUAUGCCGCUGCUGAGACCACUGCCAAAGAAGCGAGGAAUCACUCAUCCCCUUGUGAGUCAGUGAAUUCAAUGCCUUGGUUUGGAAUGGAUAUAGGCGGUACGCUAUGUAAAUUAGUGUACUUUGAACCGAAAGACAUUACGAGAGACGAGGCCGACGCAGAAGUAGAAACACUGAAAAAUAUUCGCCGAUACCUCACUAAAAACUCGGCGUAUGGAAAAACCGGACAUCGGGAUACGCAUCUACAAAUGGAUAAUGUUUGUAUUAGAGGUAGACGAGGUACAUUACAUUUUAUAAGAUUUCCUACGAGCGAGAUGGGGAAUUUCCUAGCAUUAGCAAAAUCCAAGGGCAUGGCAAAUCUUGUAACUACGGUUUGCGCCACUGGUGGUGGUGCCUUCAAGUUUGAGGAUAAUUUUAAGAAGGAGGUUAAUAUGAAUUUGGCGAAGUUCGACGAGUUAGAUAGUUUAAUACGUGGGAUGCUUUACAUCGAAACCACGAAUCCGCACGAGUGCUAUUAUUGGUCGGAUCCUACUGAUAACAGCAAAUGCCAAAAAGUACCUUAUGACUUUUCCGAACCCUAUCCUUUCCUGCUCGUUAAUAUAGGUUCCGGAGUAAGCAUAUUAACUGUGUAUGGACCAGAGGAUUACAAAAGAAUAUCUGGGACGAGUUUAGGUGGCGGAACGUUCUUAGGAUUGUGUUGUUUACUCACUGGAUGCAACACUUUCGAAGAAGCGAUAGAAUUGGCGACGGGCGGUGAUAAUACAAAAGUAGACAAAUUGGUGAAAGACAUAUAUGGCGGUGAUUAUGGCCCCUUUGGUCUUCCCGGUGAUUUAGUUGCUAGCAGUUUUGGACAAAUGAAUUCCAAGGACCGCAGGAACGCAGUCACGAAGGAAGACCUGGCACGCGCAACACUUGUCACCAUUACAAAUAAUAUUGGUUCCAUCGCUCGCAUGUGUGCUGUUAAUGAGAAAAUUGAGAGGGUUGUAUUUGUUGGGAAUUUUCUCAGGGUAAAUCCUAUAUCGAUGAAAUUAUUGGCCUAUGCUAUGGACUAUUGGUCCAAAGGAACCAUGAAAGCUCUGUUUUUGGAACAUGAAGGAUAUUUCGGUGCUGUCGGAUGUCUGUUACAAUUUAACGGCGAAUCGAGUUAAACAGAAGAGGAAAACAUUGGGAAACGGUCAUGCAACAUGUAGCAUUCCAUACGAUCAAGCUUGUCUGUAGAAUACAUUUUUUAAAUGAAUACUACAUUGUUCGCGACAUAGCUAUUUAUUUUUGUUAUAUUUUAUUUAAUUAUUUAGAAAUCCAUAUAUAUUGAGAAGAAAAAUAGCCAUUUACUAUGCAUACCGCGAGACCGCGAGAGGAAGGGUGUCUCGAUAUUUAAGUACAAUUAAGAUUAUAUUUGUACGCAUUGUCCUCUAUUAUAAUUUAUUAUAAUUUCCACAUAUAGAAAGCAGUAAUUGUAUUUGGGGUUAUUUCUUUUGUUUUGUUUGUCAUAAGGUAGCUAUAUAGGUUGAUAUAAUUGUUUGAUUAUGAGCACAAAUUCAUCACGACUUGGCGAUAAUGGACCAAAUCCAAUGGGAUUAAGGAUCGUCUUGUUUCCUAUCCAUCCCAAUGUUCGUUACAUGCCGUAUAGACUAGUUCUACCUCAUAAUUUAUAUUGUGAAAUUUUUCUACGAAUGCACAGGUUUUUAUGUAUAUAAGUAACGGCAGUCGCGUUAUUACAACUUGUACUACUUUUCGUAAGUUUGUAAUCAGCGAACGAAGCUAUUCUAGUGAUAGAUACUUUCGCACCGAUCGUGAAUAUGUUUUACAUUCUGUUGUUAAUGCGUUGUGUGAAUUCGGUAAAUUUUAAGCGCGUGAAUCUUUAGUAGAAAAUAUCACUAUUAUUUGCACAGCCGGCAACUGGCGAUAGCAAGUCUUAUAAAUUUUUUACAAGAUUUAUGUGCAUUACUUCGAUAAGAUAUUGUGAUUGCAAAGUAUAAUACUUGCGAAGUUUAAUUUGGGUAUUGCGGGAUGACACAAUAUAUAUAUUAAGAGUUUAGUAUCAGCUGUUAAAUUAUGAUUCCAAGAAGCAUGAUACAGAAUAAUGUAAGUGUAAUUAAAAUAUUGAUAUCGCUGCAAAAAAAGUUUAACGAUACACUAUGUGACGUGUGUACGUUCUAUUUUAAUUGCCCAACAUCAACGGCAAUUGAUACAGUUUUGUAUGUUAUUUGUUACUUGUCGAUUAAUUUGAUAUAUUAUCGUGAGCAUAUCUUUGUACAAAACAAAGAGGUUUUUCCGUUACAUUGUAUUGUGAAAACAUGCCAAACGAACUUUGAUAUCAAAUAAAGUAUCAUUGUAAUAUA